AUGGCGGCUGUUUUCGCUAAUUUCCAACAGAAAAUGAACUCUCUCCGCAUCGAGGCGGAUGAGAACGCGGCCAAAGCAGAGGAGCUCAAGCAGAAAGUCAAGGCUCUCGAACAAGACAACCUCCAGAAAGAACAAGAGAUCACGUCCCUCAACCACCGCAAUCAACUUCUCGAGGCCGAAGUUGAGAAACUCGAGCAAGGCAUCAAAGAGGCAAAGGCUCUUGCCGGCGAGUCGGCACAACAUAGCAGCGAGACUGAGUCUCUUCAGCGAAAACUCCAAGUUCUCGAGGAGGAAGCUGAGCAGGCUGACAAGACCCUGAGAGAGACCAACGAGAAGCUUCGUCAAACUGAUGUCAAAGCUGGUCACUUCGAGCGCAAAGUUCAAGCGCUGGAGCAGGCGCGCGAUGAGUGGGAGAACAAGUACGAGGAAAUGGCCAAGAAGCAUGCAGAUCUGCAGAAGGAACUGCAGGAGUUGGAGCAAAGCAUGGGCAAUAUCUAA